AAUUCAAGAAGUGUACUUGUUGGUGGUUACACUCCAGUUGAUUGGGAUACGAGUGGUCAAUAUAAAUAUUCAACCGAUAGCUUUGUCUUUUCAUUAAAUGAUCCUACAAAUAUAUCAAAUGCAAACUUAGGACGUAUUUCAUCCUAUGCUAAUGCAAUAUUUUGUGUUGAUGGUUAUGGACCGUAUUUUGGUGAUUUAUAUAUUAAUGAAGGCUAUGUAUAUACUGAUGGCAAUAGAUAUUAUAAUUAUGUUAGUUUUCCAAAUUCACAAAUUGAGGAUUAUGAAGUGUUUCAAGUA